AUGAACGUGCACGUGGUUUUCACUCGCAUGUGGUCCUGUUCACUGCGUCCCAUCAUCAGCGAAAUGACAAACCGUCUCCAGGCCAGUGGUUUGUCCGCACGUCACGUGUUCCAAUCGAUAAAGCCAAUAGAAGUGGGAGUAAUGAGCAAGCGUGACGUGGAGGCGAGCCUGUUGAAAGAGGUGACGCGGUUGCGUGCCAAUCUUGACGCCUCGCGUCGGGAGGCCUGUGGGGGGGUGAGCAUGAUGGACGUGGCCAACGCGGCAGAGAUCGGCAUUCUGGCAAACCUACCCACCCUCAGCGCUGUCCACAAUCUGCGCGCACACACUGGUCGCAUUAGGACGUGUACGUGGGCGGCGUCGGACGAGAAUCUGCUCUCCAUUGGGGCGGACAACUAUAUCUGCAUUUGGGAUGUGCGCAGCGGCCUCAUUCGCAAUAUUAUUGACAUCACAAUGAAUCAGGCCACCGCAGCCGACAGCACACCAGAUCUGAGCGUGGUAUUCGCUGGAGCGUCGGUGGAUGGGGUGGUUUUGUGGGAUAUUAAUAAUGUAAAGAUGCUAAGCAAGUGCUCCCACAAUACUGAUGUUUCGGCUGUACUUCCACUCUCUUCCGACGGCCGGUCUUUUGUCAGUGGUGCAACCGACGGGGUUCCGCGCAUCUGGGAUGUACGGCAGUCCAGGCCGUUCGUUUGUUCUAUGCAUGGUCAUGAAUCGGAGAUCAGUUGCGUGGAGCGGCACGCGAAUGAGCAUACGUUUGUUACAGGGUCCGAUGACGCGGCGGUUAAUCUUUACGAUGUGCGACUCGAUUUUCCAUUGGCAAGUUACAACCGGACCGACGCCAAGAGCACAACAGGUGACGGAUUUGUCAGUACUGAAAAUAAGUAUCUGAAUCAUUCUGGAAUGGACGACGAGGGGAACAAUCAGAUCACUGAUGAGGAUGCGGCCACCACGGGCGUUACUGGUGUAGGUGUGUCGACAUCUGGUAGAAUAAUUAUCUCAGGGAGUAGAAACGGAUGUAUAUAUAUAUGGGACAUUUUCGAUUUGAUGUCACCGGUGGCAGUUCACAGAGAACAGGGUCCAGUCAUGGCACUGAAGAUGGCGCAUAACAAGAAAGGUCUGGCGGUCAUUACAUGGGGCUCCGCCGCACAGUUGCAAAUCAAUGGUGCUUCCCCGUGGCCCCCCAAAAUUGGUACCUAUGAGCAAGUAGUUUCACAUUUCGACUUUCAUUUCCAUCCGCUGACCUUUAAACAGCGGUUUGUUUACGAGGGUAUGAUAAUUUCGUCCAAUGUGAAUUUUCUGUUAGAUAUAUGGUAUAGAACUGGAGGCCCAAUCUUCUUUUACUGUGGAAACGAAGGCAACAUUUUGGAAUUCUGGAAUAACACCGGUUUCAUGUUUGAUAUUGCUCCAAUGUUCAAUGCUCUUAUCGUGUUUGCCGAACACCGUUACUAUGGCGAGUCAACACCAUUUCUCAACAGCUUCGUCCAGCCUUACAUAGGAUUCCUUUCAAUUCAGGAGGCCAUGGCAGAUUUCGCUGAUUUAAUAUCAGUGCUGAAAAUUCAAUUCAAUGCUACCUCAUCACCAGUUAUCGCUUUCGGUGGAAGGUUCUGUGACGUUUAUCCUAAUUAUUUUGCAACUAGCUAUGGUGGCAUGUUAGCGGCUUACAUGAGGCUUCGGUAUCCUCAUAUUAUCACUGGUGCAGUCGCUGCUAGCGCUCCCUUUAAGUGGGUUACCGGCGAAGAAGGCCUGCAUCCGUUUUUUGAAUCAAUUAAGGAGGCUUACUUCAAUGUAAGUGAAUUAUGCGUUCCUAUAAUCCAGGCCGCCUACUCAGAAAUUUUGAGACGAAGUCGAGAGGGAACAAGCGGCUUGAAGAAUGUAACAGCGGAGUUGAACCUCUGUACCCUGUUGGAGACAGGGCAAGAUCUCGACUGGAUGCUUCGGUGGUCGCGCAAUGCCUUUGUGGUAAUGAGCAUGAUGAACUAUCCCUACCCUAGCUACGGUUUGCCCGCGAAUCCCGUCAAUGUUUCCUGCAAUAAGGCCAUCGAGUUUGGCGUCCAAAACCCUCUGGCUGGGCUUAGGGAGGCCGUUGGCGUUCUCUACGACCGCAGUUCGGAGUUGUGUUUUGACUACAAGACCCAAUACAUUGAUUGUGCUGACGUAACAGGAUGCGGAUUGGGCAACGACUCCGUUGCGUGGGAUUUUCAGGCCUGCACUGAGAUACACCUCUAUGACCCGUCGAAUGCCACAUCGAAUGAUUUGUUCCCAUCACUGCCGAAAUCCCUGGGUGAUGUCGAUGAGUACUGUUUUAAGAAAGGCGGCAAUCCGGCUGACCCGCCCUCAGUGAAGGUCGCGCGCCAGGCUGAAAUCGAGGCUAUCAGUGGUUGGCUGAAGGAGUAUGAGAACUCUCGUUAUGACCACUAA